AUGGCGCACAGAGCGUGGCUCAGCACGCUGCUGCACAGCCGCAGGGCACAGCUCCUGCUGGUCAACUCCCUGACGUUCGGCCUCGAGGUCUGCCUGGCUGCCGGCAUCACCUACGUGCCUCCGCUGCUGCUGGAAGUGGGCGUCGAGGAGAAGUUCAUGACCAUGGUUUUAGGGAUAGGACCUGUCCUUGGCCUGGUUUUUGUCCCACUGAUCGGAUCUGCCAGCGACCACUGGCACAGCAGCUACGGCCGAAGGCGGCCUUUCAUCUGGAUGCUGUGCCUGGGAGUCCUGCUGAGCCUCUUCGUGAUCCCGCACGCCAGCAGCCUGGCCAGCCUGUUUGCCCUCAACACUCGCCCGCUGGAGAUCGCCUUCCUCAUCCUGGGCAUCGGGUUACUGGAUUUCUGUGGCCAGGUCUGCUUCACCCCGCUCGAGGCCCUGCUCUCAGACCUCUUCCAGGAGCCCGACAACUGCCGCCAGGCCUUCUCCAUGUACGCCUUCAUGAUCAGCCUGGGGGGCUGCAUUGGCUACCUGCUGCCAGCCAUUGACUGGGGGGGCAGCUUUCUGGCCCCAUACCUGGGAGGGCAGGAGACAUGCCUCUUCAGCCUCCUGGCUGUCAUUUUCCUUGGCUGUGUGCUGGCCACGCUCUUUGUGACCGAAGAGGCAGCCACCCAGGCUGACGCCCUGGACGGCGCAGCACUGAAGGAUGCUCUCCCUAAGCCCUCUCCUCCUGCCUGCUGCUCUUGCCAGCUCUCCAAGAGCCUCCUGCAGGCCAGGCACAUGGUGCAGGCCCUCAGAAACCUCUGCACACUGCUGCCGUGGCUUCACAGCCUCUACUGCCGCAUCCCCAGGGUCAUCCGGCGCCUGUUCGUGGCCGAGCUCUGCAGCUGGAUGGCACUCAUGACUUUCAUGCUGUUCUACACGGACUUUGUUGGGGAAGGGCUGUACCAUGGUGUCCCCAGAGCCAAGCCGGGCACAGACGCCAGACGCCACUACGAUGAAGGUGUCCGGAUGGGUAGUCUGGGCCUCUUCCUGCAGUGCGUCACGUCCAUCUUCUUCUCGACAAUCAUGGACCGGAUGGUGAAGCGCUUUGGGACGCGGGCGGUCUACCUGGCCAGUGUGGUGUUCUUCCCCGUGGCUGCCUUCGUCAUGUGCCUUUCCCACAGUGUCAUCGUUGUGACCAUCUCAGCUGCUCUCACGGGCUUCACCUUCUCUGCACUCCAGAUCCUGCCAUACACGCUGGCAUCGCUCUAUCAUCAUGAAAAACAGGUAUUUUUGCAUAAAUACAAGAGCAAAGAGGAGGAAGAUGCAGCUCGACUGGACAAGAAAUCGGCCUUCCCUAAAAGCCUUUCCAGCCAGAAGCUGGCUUACCAGAACGGACACACUGGAGGCCUCUACUCCUCCUCCUCCUCCUCCUCCUCCUCCUCCUCUCCUCCUCCGGCUGCCGGUUCAGCUCUGUGUGUCAGCUCCUCCUGCGACGUCUCUCUGAUGAUGAUGGUGGGAGAGCCGGACUCGGUGGCUCCUGGCCGAGGAAUCUGCCUCGACCUGGCCAUUUUGGACAGUGCUUUCCUUCUCUCUCAGGUUGUCCCCUCCCUCUUCAUGGGGUCCAUCGUCCAGUUUACGCAGUCGGUGACUGCCUACAUGGUGUCAGCUGCUGGCUUUGGCCUGGUGGCGAUCUACUUUGCAACCAAAGUUGUCUUUGAUAAGAGUGACAUGGCCAAGUAUUCAGUGUGACGGGGAAUGCAGAGGGGCAGCACGCGGGUGCCUGCACGUGGCCAAAUGAGCCUCGUGUUGUGUGUGCUCUCCCCACGCUGCUGCUGGGACCCCCGGGGGGUUGCUCUAGGCCGGGGGCAGGAGCCGUGCAGCAGGGCUAAUCUCAGGUGUAAAUAUGAGGCAUCGGGGCAUUGUGCUUCAGGCCAGCAGUGCUUUCCACGUGGUGCCUUUAUCAAAUGAAAGCACUGCACAGCCAGCACCAAAGGAGAUUGUACAGGGGGACAGAAAGGAAGCUUUCCUUUAAUAACGGGUCACGUUUCUGUCGUGUUUCUACCUAAACUGAGCAGGAGAGGCAGUGAUAUGGGAGGGGAGGGAGAAAUCAUUGGCUCUCCUAUUUUCCAGCUAUAGAUGUAUCCUCUUACCCUGCUUGUUGUAAUUUUACUCAGCUUCUUGAGUAACACUUCAAACAGGGCACUGGGAGGAGAUUUCCUUGGGAAAAGGAUGGGUGGCUAAGGUUUGGUCAUGGAGCAAAAGGGUGCGUAUGUGCACACGCGUGCUCCAGUCUCUGUUCUGACUGGGAGAAACCCUUUAGGAGAAGAGUUACUAUGCCUUGUUUGGGAAAAACAAGUGACGUUUCAUUAGGACCAAUUCCAAAAGGUGACUUAUCUUUUACAUAUGUACCAAGUUUCAGCAGAUGAAAAGGACUUCUUAAUUUAUUUUUUUUCUGAACGGUUGUUUUUAGCUUUCCUUACAGUUCUCAGUAACUGGCCUCUCACUCCUCAGGGCUCAGAGCACUUGUUCUCUCCCAGUGCCUCCCAGUAGAUCUGGGCUGGUGUGCCUCUUCCACACCUGACCCCUAAAAGAUGCUGCAGUAUCACAAGGGGGUUUUCAGCCCUGUAACAGUGAAGUAGAAUAGGCAGAGCUCUCCUGGAAGGCUGUCUGACCACAAAUGUUCCAGGCUGGAGGAAGCUGCAGGGACUGCUUGUCCACUGAUGGCCAGCUGAACUCGGCAGCAGUCGCUGCUGUACAAGCUACCUCGCGUUGGUCGCUGGCUGUGUCUGUGUUCCUUCGAAGAGGUGGCCCCAAAGCAGCCUUCCAGAGCAGACCCUUCUUUCCAAACAGGAAGGCUUUUGGCUGUGCUUGCAGGCUGGCAGGAGUGCAUGUGCAGAACACACUGCAUCACGGUGCCCUGGUGCAUCAAUGCCUUGCCAGUGCUCCCGAAGCAGCUGCUGGAAAUAACGUUGUGAAGACUCCGUCCGCUGCUUUGAGAACAGGGCAAGCCUAGUUCUUGGUGUGUUGGAUGAAGGAAAGAGCAGAACAGAAACUCCUGAUGCAGUUUGUGCCUGUGGUUUGCUGAUCCAGAUGACACAUUUACUAUGUUACAUUUGUUUUGGCUUCUUUUUUUUUUUUUUUUUUUUCUUUUUUUUAAUUUCCAGACAGAGGUCAAGAUUCUCACUGAGGCGCAGCAUAAACAGUUACCUGUGAGAGUAAGGCAGAGUGCCUGCUGCACCGGGACCGAUGCUGCUGGGUUGUUUAGGUUGGGCAGCCGUCAGACGUGAGUCAUCUUCCACUGGCAGAGGAAUGGCUGCAGCUGUGUGUGCUUCUGGCCAGCCCCAUGCCUGAUGCAAGUGGACCAGCUGCAAUAAUUCUGCAGAUGGCAGAUCUCCGCCACUUGAAGAUUCCUCAUACACCGAGUAGGAGUCCAGGUCCUGGCCUCCAGUCAGCGUUAGAGUUUGAAAUGCACAGAGAAAAGCAUGAGCUGGGCGUUUGGAGGCUGGGC